AUGGCGGGUGCCAAAGUCAGGGUCACGAUCACGUCGAGAACGCAUCUUGACGGUCCGUCGUCCCUAAGCUGGUUCAUGGUCGGGCUCACGGUGCUCGACGCACGCGGUGGCUACACGGCAGGCCGCCACUUACCCUCUCGCAAUCCCAUGAACGACCCCUCCCCCGGACGCCCACGACCACUCACCAUGUUGCAUCCCCGUUGGAACCUGCCAAACCCGCCGCUAGCUACAGUGUCGAUCGGCUUUCGACUGGACAACCCGAUGCUCCUGCAGACCCAGCCCAUCUCUUCCACACCCGUCUUUGCGGAGAACCUCGCCCUAAGCGUCCAAGGCAUCCUCCUCUGA